AUCUGGAAUUGGGGAUCUGGAACUGGAAACUGGGAACUGGCACAUUGAGAGACACACGCACACCUUGCACCCUACGAGCGUCGUCGCCUCGCCCCCGAAUACCACGAUCACACUUGACUACUACGACGACGACGACGACGACGACGACUACCGUCCUGCCACCGGGCAGUCGCACUACACGUGUACGCGUGUGUACGGCAGAUCUACGACCCCCCGAUAUCAUCAUCACGGCCGAGCCGGAGUCACGGUAAGGGGAUGUCGUCUGCGGCCUGAUUUUGGCUCGUGUCUCGCGCGCUCCAGCAAGCAAACAGACGGUCAGCAUGGCUGCGACAGUGAAUGGGGCUUGGACCUACUCGGUGCCUUUGGAACAGACCGACGGCAAUGCAAGGGCGUACAACCCACGUGGCUCGCCGCGUGCAGACCAUGAGUGGGACGAGAAUGGCAGCAAAGCGCUCGAGCGACGCUCCAGUACGUGGGACUUGCUCAGCGACUCGGAGACGACCAAGCAGCGUAGGACAUCGGUGCGAGCGAGCAACAGCACGGCCGUGAAGAAGCGUUCACGAGACGCACUCCGCGAAAACAAGAGAUUGCCACAAAGCGCUGCAACAACUUCCAAGGGCACAGCUGGCAGCGCAUAUCCAGAAGAGGACAAUUCGCUAUGGGUACACAGAGACAAAUUAGCGCAGAUUGAGAUACAAGAGAUGGAAGAGGCCGGUAUCUACCUGCGCCCAUCCCGCCGGUCUCAGAGCUUGGGUCCUGGCCGCGAAAGUGGCAGGACCAGCCGUUCUGUCAGCCGCUCGGGCUCUCGCAAGGCAGCCCAUGGACCGCUGAACGGGGUAGGCUACGACGAAGAGUAUACGGCUGCAUAUCCCUCUCGAAACGAUAUGAAUAUGGAUCAUCCACUUGCGUCACCCCACGAGGACAUGCGGCCACAGUGGUCUCCCCAACGGGCAGAACCAUAUUUUGAUUCCGGCAGGGAUCCAGAGCGCCAACCCAAUAACCAGGCAUCGACGGAGCUUCCAAGCAGUACAAAGCCCUUUUCGCAGACAUCAACACAGCAGCAGCAGCACAUGGCACGCCCGGGCACGUCACGAAUACCAGUAUCUCGAAUUAGUCCCGUACCUGUCCCUCACGAUGUGGUGGAGCGAGACUCGCCACUACCUCGCAGUCGCGCUGGAAGUCAGAGCGUGAGUAGCAGUUGGGACGAGCUUCAGUAUGCCAGAAAGGCUCGUAGUGCCAGCAUCAGUAGCCAAGUGCUUCUGGAGUCCGAUCCAGAUGGCAAACGAAGAUCGCCUCCGGGCAGCUCGAACAAGCACUCGUCGGGCGAGGGCUCUCCCCAGAAAGCGCGUGCGCCGAAGCAGACUCCCACUGGACGUAAGUCUUCAAUACCUAGCAGUUCCGCUGCCAGACCAGGCUCAUCGGCUGGGAAACGGGCCCCUUCGGCUGCUGCGAUUAGGAGACCAGGGUCCAGUUCGGGGCACAAGUCUCGUCCUUCCACAGGACGUUUCUCGCCGGAUGGUGAAGCACCGUGGAUAGCCACCAUGUAUAAGCCCGAUCCUCGUCUCCCUCCUGAUCAGCAGAUGAUACCCACGCACGCAAAACGUAUGAUGCAAGAGCAGUGGGAGAAGGAAGGCAAGACAGGAACAGUCUACGAUCGGGACUUCAAUCUCCUGAACGACGAGGAUCUUUCACGAAAGGCACCUGUCUUGACUCUGCAGAGUCAGAAUCUCGACGUGCCGGCCAACCUGCCUUCGCCUACCAAAUCACUUUCGCCGAAUAGCUAUUCGACAGAGCAUGGGUGGCCGUUGAGGUCGAAGAGCGAGAAUGGCAGUGUCCGUCCCGGUACAAGCGGUGGCUACAAGAUCACACCUACGAUACCCUCCACACCUACUAUACAACGUUCCGCAGCGCCGUCUCCAAUGCCUUCACAACCCAUGAGCCCUGGGCAUGAUGGGACGCUACGAGUACCAGAGCUCAGCGAGAAGGAAGAAUUCGCGCCGAAAAAGGGUUGCUGUUGCGUGAUGAUGUAACACGUCCCUCACUCGGGCUGCAAGUUUCUCAUGUAUAUUGCGUCUUUAUACCCCAAACGCCCGUAUCGGGCGAUUUCUUUGCAUGGACAUUAUACCCGGCCAAGGACUGAUGGGAGUGGGGCCGCAUUUUCAACACUUCUUGGCCUGUCUCUUACAGAAGACGAUGGUGCUUGGAGGAGGCCCAUCAGGAAGAAAGGGAUGGGAAUACCGGGUUUUUCACAUAUCAGAAUGGACGUGAGCCCCAUUCAUACCUAUGCCGGGAGCGCAAAGACAGUAGUCAUCGACACUUAUUUUUAAAGAGCGAAUGGUGGUCAACGUCUUUUGUCUGAAUUUGUUAGCGUUUCAGCGAGCUCUGCGGAAGAAUGUGCUUCAGCGACCAAGUUUCUUAGCCCAUUUUCCGUUCAAAAUCGGGCAGUGACACCGUGGAUAGGUUACUACCUACCUAGUAGUGCAUCUUAUAACAUGCC